AUGGCCACAUCGAUAACAACAGCAGAAUUAGAACCAAACAUAAGUCUUCAAUGUCCAUUAACAGGUCAAAUGUUUUGUGAUCCUGUUAUAGCAGAGGAUGGGCAUACAUAUGAACGAGAGGCCAUUAUUAAUUGGUUACAGAAACAUAAUGGAACAAGUCCUAUUACACAACAACUAUUAAACAUUAAUAAAUUACAAUCAAAUCUAACUAUAAAACAAUUAAUCGAACAAUUCGAAGCUAUCUUGCGAAAUAAAAAAUAUCAAUUUACUCUUGAUGUUGAUGUGAAAAAAUCACAACGUUUGUUUCAAGCAUUUGGAAAGACAGUACACAUGGCUGAAUGGAUUAAACAUAAUAAAAAUAAUCUCCCCAAAGUUAUUGUUAUGACAAUUACUGGUGUUCGGGCAGAAAAAGAAGCAUCAUUUUAUGUUGAAUUAAGUAAACAUCCUCACAUUGUAAGAACAUACGGUUUGGUUGAUAAUCCAGAAAAUAAAACUUCAGUAAUGCUCUUACAAGAGUACGCAGCUAAAGGUGAUCUUCUAGAAUUUCUAGAUAACUUCAGACGUGUACCAGACGAAUCAGUUUUAAUUGAAAUAUUUAUUCAAAUAUCAGAUGCAAUGAAUUUUCUUGCAUAUAACCGAAUAGUCCAUGGAGAUUUGGCUUGUCGUAAUAUUCUUGUCUUUCGUUUUGAUGAAAGAGAACCCGAAAAUACACUUGUUAAAGUAACAGAUUUUGGACUUAGUCGAGGAAGCUCAAUUUAUAUAACUAAGUCAUCAGCAACUACAACAAUACUAAAUAUUAUUCCCUAUCGAUAUGCUGCACCAGAGAUUUUACAAAACUUAACAUCAAACGAAUAUUAUAGUGAAAAAUCUGAUAUGUAUUCCAUGGGUGUUUUGAUGUGGGAAGCUUACUCUAAAGGUAUCAUGCCUUGGUCUGAAAUCGAUAAUGAUGAUGACGUAUUGAAGAAAGUAAUCGGAGGUGAACGAUUACAAAAGCCAUUAGCAUGUAGCGAACAAAUAUGGAAUAUUAUUCAAGCAACAAUGGCACAGGAACCCAAUAGAAGACCGACAUUUAAAAAAUUAAAUCGAAUGUUAAGUGAAUGUCAAAUUCGUCGAACCACAACAAAUACAAUUUCAUCUACUUUAUCUUCAUCAUUAUCUAAUAAUUCUAAUGAUGUUAACAAGCUACUUGAACAAAUUUAUGAAGUAAAUGAAUAUAAUGAUGAUAUACCAAAAUUAUUUAUUAUUUUACACAAUUAUUGUUACGAAUGGAAUUCAGAAAAUAUUUGGUUAAACAAAUUUUCUCUUUAUUUUAUUUGUCAAUGUCAAUCGGACAAUUUACAUCUACUUUCUGAAUCAUAUACCAUAGAUAAUCCAAAAUUAUUUUUGAAAAAGUAUGGUAGUUAUUUAACUAUAAUGAUUAAAAUAGUGAAAAAUAUUGCAAAGUUUCGAAUAAAUUCAAAAGAUUUACAUUUUCAAGAUGAAGAAAAAUUCUGGAAUCAUUUUUCAUUUGGAUUAGAUAAAGUUAAUGAAUUAUUAGAAAAGAUACUAUAUAAUAAGCAAUUGGAAGCUUUAAAUGAAAUUCAUCAACAUUUAUAUGAAUGGUCGAUAAGAAAACCAAAUUUAAAUCGUAUUAUUAGUUCAAAUGGUAAAGUGCAAUGGGUUUGUAAUGCACAUCAUCCUCUCGAUCUUCAACAACAUAUUAAGGAAUUCGAAAAUUUACAUAUAAAAAUUGAUAAACAUAAUGGUCGAAUAAUUCUGGAUGGUCAAUAUUCUUCAAUUAGCAUUGAAGAGUUUUGUAUAAUUCUUCAAAAACAUAUUUACUUUUAUGAAUUGUCGUUUUAUUAUACUUUUGUUGACAAAUCAAAUAUUGAUGAUUUAAUCAAUUCGAUGCAAAUGUCAGUUUUUCGAAAUUUGCAAGUGAAAUUUGACACUAAUUAUUGGAUGGGAGGAACCAGUUCUCGAAUUCAAAUUGGUAAAUGUAGAGGUAGCUUCGACAUAAUUACUAAAAUGAUAGAAUGCCAAAAAUAUUUGAAAAAGUUUGAAAUAAUCUAUUGUGAAUUAGAAAAGAAUAGCAUGGAAUUAUUAAAAAAUGCGAUAAGUGUUAAUAGAACAUUAUCCACGUUUAGUAUAAAACUUAUUGCAGUAGUCAAACCACCAAGAGAAGAUCAGGAAUGGUUUGGUCCGCGAGAUUUAAGUUACAAAAUAAUAUCACAUACGGAUAUUAAAGAAAUAGCUAUAGGAUUAAAUUUAAAUCAAAAUUUAUCUCAUUUAAUAUUAACUAACGAUGGAAUCAAUGAUACAGGUGCUUAUGAAAUUGGUGAAUUAUUAAAAACUAAUAAAACAUUGAUCUCUCUUGACCUUAGUGGAAAUGAAAUUAAAACUAAAGGUAUGAAAUCAAUUACAGAUGCAUUAAUUAAAAAUCCAAUUUUGAAAAAAAUUUUUAUUUCAAAUAAUCAAUUAGAUGAAGAAAGUGGAGAGACAAUUGCUGAUUUAUUACGAAACAAUAAAUCAAUAACAAAUAUUAAUAUUAGUCAGAAUCUUCUUUUAGAUAAAGCAGCAAAAGAAAUUGCUAAUGCACUUCAAAGCAAUCAAACAUUAUUAGAACUUGAUAUUAGUCAUAAUAAGAUUGAAAGUAUCGGCGGAUAUGCAUUUGCUCAAGCUUUAAGAACAAAUAGAACUUUGAAGUAUUUGAACAUAUCUAAAAAUGAAAUAUUUAAAGAAGGGUCAAGAUAUUUUUGGGAAUGUUUAGAAGGCAAUUCAACAUUAAUUACCCUCAAUGUGUCAGACUGUAGAAUGACAGAUAAAGAUACGUACAGACCGUGGAGUAACAUAUACAGAAAUGAAGGCUUAAAAACAUUAAGUAUUAGUUGUGGAGAAAUAUCUCAGAAAAAUAUUGAAGGAAUUAAAUAUUUUUUAUCUGACGACACUUCAUUAGUUCGAAUUGACAUGGAAGCCUAUUGUUCUGAUAUUACAGCUGAACAAGCGACAACCAUAGCAAAUACAUUGGAAAUAAAUAAAAAACUAGCAUAUUUUCAGUUGCCUAGUGCAAGUUCUAAGUCAAAUCCUGCUAUACAUAUUAUAUUUGAUGGACUUACGAAUAAUCAAAGUAUAACUCACCUUGAACUACGUGGCAGUUACUUCUCUACUACACCAAAGCAAUUUGGGGAAGUAAUUGCAAAAAUGCUGCAUAAGAAUAAAUACCUUAAGUAUCUUAAUAUUAGCCAAAAUCGUAUAUCUGAGGAUGGCCUCAAGUGUAUUAGUGAAGCGCUUAUACAAAAUAACAAUCUGACUGAUCUGGAUAUUGGAGGAAUCGGUGAAAGCAAAAGAGAAGAUAAAACAAUAUUUUAUGUAGCUGAAAUCUUAAAGGCUAAUUCAACACUAUUAAGUUUAAAUAUUACCGGUAUCACCUUGACGAAUGACGGAGUUAGGGAACUGGAACAGGCGUUGACAACAAACAAAAGUUUAAUACAUUUAAAGGGUAAAAACACAUCGUAUACUUUCUAUGGAGGUUCUGAAACAGGCCUGAAACAAAUUACCUACAAUAAAAACAUUUAUUUUGAUUAA